AUGAGCGACUACGGCGGCUGCGACGGCGGCGAAUACGAGGACUACGCAUGGUUCUAUGUCGAGGAGGAGUACAUUGUCGCCGACGACCUCGCCGAGCACCAAGUACCCUCACCCCCACCGAGCGACUAUGUCGACGACGACAUGCGGGACGACUGGGACCGCUACGAGUACUUCAACGACCUCGACUACGCUUCAGACUGCUAUGAAGAUGGCAUCUUUCAAUCACACGACGCCAAGGACUCGAAGAUUGGCCAGAAGCGAAAGCGCGCGACCAAGAGCAGUCGCAGCAAGAAAAAGCUCAAGACGAGUGAAAGCCCGGAUCCGAUCAAGCCAUUUGUGAAGGCGCACUCACCAAUCGUGUGGCGUUCACAGCGCGACCGAGUGCAGAAACCGCGGGUGCUCACGCAACCCACCGAAACGUUUGCGCUGUUUGGGGACUGGCGGGAGAGGUUCGGAGACACAUCACCCUGGGACCGGCCGUCACAACCGGCCAAGUCACCAGCGCCACUAGGUGAUGGAGUGUCUGAGGCCGCGCUUUCUGCCACCUCAGAGCCACUGGAUGAGGACGCACUGGCCGAGGACGAAGACAUGGAGGAAGACGGAGACAUGGAGAUCGGCCAGGAGGCAUUGAUGGCAGCGCUGCAGAAUCAACUCGCCGCGGCUGGUGGUCCUCUCAGCGGUAUGGAUCCGCAGCAACUCCUGCAAUUUGCGCUGCGCAUGGCGGCAGGCAAGGAUGCGGGAGACGAUAUUGCCGGCGAGAUGGCAGACGCCAUGCUCGGAGGCGAGGGAGAGGAAGACGACGAAGCCAAAGAGGAGCAACUGCUAUCGUGGGUCGCACAGCAGCGGAAUGCGAACAAGGACGCUGCAGCAACCGAGCCUGAGUCGCCAGAAGCCAGUCGAGACAGCAACCGGCCUCCAACUCCUCCACUGUCCCAAGCGAAUCGUAGUGUGAAGGAUGCCGACACCAAGGAAGAGGAAGGAGGAGCGAGGUCCAAGACGUGGACGGCACAGGAGACGAAGCCUGUGGCGUCGAACAAGCGGAAAGCAGAAGAUGAGGAGGAGGCCAGUGGUUCCUCCAGAACAACCAAGAGACGGGUGACCAGGUCGUUCAACGCGCCGACAGCUGCGAGUCGGGCCAAGGCAGCGCCAGCGACCACACAGACGAGGAAUACGCGCUCGAAGAAAUGA